CAACCGCCAAAGCCACACGAUACACCGCCGUUGUUGCUCUACUACCUGACAUCUAGGACAGCAUACCGCAUCUCUGGAAUUAUACAAACAGAGAAAUCGGAUAGCCACUUGAAUAGGCAUCACCAGAACCUGCCACAGCCCAGCUCUAAAGCUUGCUUCUACGAAUCCGACUCCUGCUUCGUUCGAACACCGUUGUUUUCGUUAAUCUACAACAUCCCAACCAAUCACAAUGGCGCUCCCGAAGAGAAUAAUCAAGGAGACUGAGCGGCUCAUGGCUGAACCUGUUCCUGGUAUUAGUGCUGUUCCUCACGAAGAAAACCUCCGCUACUUUGACGUCGAAAUCCAUGGACCCUCGCAGUCACCCUACGAAGGCGGUAUUUUCAAGCUCGAGCUUUUCCUUCCUGAAGACUACCCGAUGACACCGCCCAAGAUUCGUUUCUUGACCAAGAUUUUCCACCCCAACGUUGAUAAGCUCGGCCGUAUCUGCCUCGACGUCUUAAAGAAUAACUGGUCACCUGCAUUGCAAAUUAGAACUAUCCUGCUCUCGAUCCAGGCUCUCCUUGGCGCACCAAACCCCGACGACCCUCUUGCCGCUGAUGUCGCGAAGAACUGGAAGGAAGACGAGCAGGCCGCCAUCGCAACGGCUAAAGAAUGGACCAAGAAGUACGCGCAGGCUUAGAGUAUCAUUGCAUUCUCCUGUAGCACAUUCAUGAGCAUCAUGGGAUGGAGUUGACGGUUUUGCAUUUCAAGUUUUUCACAGAAGACCUGCGGCUGCUUCCUCAGUGAAGCAAAUGUCGCCUAACCACUAGUUACAAGUAGACUCGUAUAUAUAACUUUAUCAUACUUUUGCCCUUCACGAAGCCUUCGACCAGUACUUGGACGCGAGACUGGUUUUGGCCGUACUAUGCUGCGUCGCCAAAGAAAAGAGUCAAUCCUCUGGCUUAGACCCAGGAUCAUUAGUAGAACAAAUAGGUAGUAUUCACACACAGAAAAUGCAAAAGGAGGAACGCGUAUCUGGUACAAAGGGGGUAUUGGUAGAGUUUGAGUCUCCACUACCACGAUAUAUUGUAUCUACAAUGCUAGAGUACACAAAGGAAAACAAUAGAGGGUGCGGGUUAAGCUGAUUAUACGACGGCGAGGUCGCCGAACUUCUCCUGUAGAGGGCAUUAGUAAUCUCAAAAUAGUCAUAGCUCGACCGUGCAUUCCAUACCUUGUAUCCAGGCACCAUCCAUCGUCCCUUGGAGACGAGCUGGGCGGUCUUCUCGUCGAUCGACUUCUCGGCGGCGGCAACUUCGUCCUGCAAUUAAUUAGCACCAGAUAUUUCUCUAGUUCAUCGACUAAACAUACGACAGUGAGGUCCUCGAAGGGACGAGCGGACUCGAUGUUCUUGAGGGUGGCAGCAAGGUCCUUCAACUCGAGGUCGACGGCCUGCUUGGUAGCCUCGGCGUUCUUGACAGCCUCAACCUCGAAAGCCUCAAUAGCCUUGAGCUGGCGGCUGACAUCGUAGGUGGCGGGCUUGAAAGCAGUGAAACGCUUCUCGAUCUCGUCGAUGACGGCCUGGUUCUUGAGGACGGAGCGGUAGGCGGCGAAGUCGACGGUGGUAGGCUGCUCGGAGAGCUGCUGGAUCUUGCGGCGAGCGUCCUCGUUGCGCUUCUUGAAGGCCUGCAGCGAGGAGACGGUCUGGCCGCGGAGGCCGAGGGAGCUGGUGACCUUGACCCAGUCAAGCUUAAGAGCAGCGCUUCGCUGUUUAGGGAGAAAGUGAAAAUUAGCUCAUUGGUCCGGGAACGGCCUUCGCCGGGCGCGCAUUGGGGGGUGUUGCACGUCGCGACGAAUUCUAAGACCUGAUUAGAGAUCCAAUUGAGGGAUUAGACGUACCGUGGCCAUUGUGGAUGUGUUGUUGGGGAUAAUCGAGGAGCGGAGAUGAUGGUCGACCAUGGUGUUGUUCAACUUUGCUGGGCUUCACCGG